AUGAUGGCUCUGCGCUUCACAACUAGUAGUAUACAUGCUAAGCUCGACGACUUGACUCUCGGGUCGCCGCGGUUGAGCCCACAGGACAGCAUAUCGCCCAAAAUUGAGCCGUUCUCGACCAAAUCGCUUCUUUCGAAGUCGUUGGCUAGUGAAGGCUCGAUGCAUGAAAACGAGCCGCCCUCGCCGCUGCUUUUGGCCAACAUCGACUUGAGCCACCUCCGAGAUGAUCAUCCCGAGCCUUCGCUUUUGGCCACUUCGGUUGGUAAAGACUCUGAGGGACGCAUGCUCCCGUCAUCAUCCACCAUAUCAUUAUUGUCUCUCAGCAACAAUGCCCAUGGCACAAAUGGCAAUAGUAGUACCACCAAUAUGGUCUCUGCAUUGUCCAAUUUCAGCAACGUGACUGGGAACCCUCCCAAUUACAUAGAUUUGCAUUUUAACCACAACAAACUUGUCCCUCAGACAUUUACUCCCACCAGCAUCGAAAGGGGGAACUCUUUCUCCAACCUACGGUCGCGCAACUCAUUCAAUCAUUUGGGCCAACAGAGACUACAACCCUACCAAAAAAUGACUUCACCAGGAAUCCCUAGUGGGUCGGAGUUUGCAUCGAUCACCAGUCCGCAAAACAUUCCUUUAAAACGGAACUUGUCGUCUGUGUUUACUCCAUCAUCUCCCAGUCUUGACCCCGUAUCGGUCGCGAACUCUCCAUCUGGAUUUUGGUUGAACUCGCAGACGCCGCCUAGAAUCUCGAACUCUCUAGGCAAGUACAAGAGUUCUGCUAACCAAUUUGUAGGCUUGCACCAAAUCAAUUCAAUCGGAGGCACCCUAAAUAUCCAGGAAAAACAGGGCUCCCUCCAUCUGACCUCUAAGCAUAUUGACAUUCAAAGGAAGGGCAGUGAUUCGCCAAUCUUGAACCCUGUUCAAACUCCCAUCGAAGACAUGCCGAUGACGCCAUUGUAUCUUAACUCAGACUCCGACUCGUACUUUGUGUUAUCUAACACUCAAGGUGCAUCAAGAACACGCACGAGUGUUUCUUACGGGUUUGAGACGGCGGAAGGGAUUGACGAAAAUGAGGAGCUCGAUGAAAUGGACAAUUUGGAAAAGAUGGAUUAG